AUGGGCCAGUUGCCUUCAUCCACUGCCGGAGUCCCCAGCUGCCGUCGAAACGACGUUAUUUAUCAAAGUUGUGGAUCAAUGGCGCAACAAGAUUUGUCGGUCUUUCUUUCUCCUUUAAUGGGGAAAAAGAUUGACGAUGGUCUUUGUGUUGCCAACGGUAUAUCGAAUCUUCCAGAUGAUUGUUUGGCUUGCGUUUUUCAGUUCCUUGCACCAGGCGAUCGGAAACGAUCUUCGCUCGUUUGCCGGCGUUGGCUCGAGGUCGAGGGACAGAGUCGUCACCGACUCUCCCUUAAUGCCCAAUCGGACCUCCUAUCUGCGGUGCCAUCGCUUUUUUCUCGGUUUGACGCCGUCACGAAGCUUUCUCUCAAAUGCGACCGUAGAUCGGUGAGCAUCGGCGAUGAUGCUCUCAUUCUAAUCUCUCUUCGUUGUCAAAACCUUACCCGCCUUAAGCUCCGAUCGUGCCGACAGUUAACGGAUUCAGGCAUGGAGAGUUUUGCCAUGAAUUGUAAGAAAUUGAAGAAGCUGUCGGUUGGAUCAUGCACUUUUGGAGCUAAAGGAAUGAACGCUGUAGUCGAUAAUUGCUCGUCCCUGGAAGAUUUAUCGGUGAAGCGGCUACGCGGCAUCGCCGAUGGAGACUCGACGGAGCCGAUUAGACCUGGUUCAGCGUCAUCGUCUCUUAAGAUGAUUUCUUUGAAGGAUCUCUACAACGGACAAUGUUUUGCUCCGCUGAUAAUCGGAUCCAAAAAUCUUAGAACCCUAAGACUUUUCAGAUGUUCCGGAGAGUGGGAUGGGGUUCUGAAACUUGUUACGAAUAACAUCAAGGGAUUGAGUGAGAUGCAUCUGGAGAGGCUUCAGGUAACCGAUAUUGGUCUUGCAGCCCUUUCGAAUUGUGAAAAUCUAGAAAUCCUUCACCUCAUAAAAACACCUGAAUGUACUAAUUUGGGGCUAUCGUCUAUGGCGGAGAAGUGUAAGCUUCUGAGGAAGGUUCAUAUCGACGGGUGGAAAACAAACAAGAUUAACGAUGAAGGUUUGAUCAGUGUAGCAAAAUACUGCACUAACCUUCAAGAGCUGGUACUUAUCGGUGUGAAUCUUACCCGUGUAAGUAUAUCGCCAUUGGCUUCAAACUGCCAGAAGCUAGAGCGAUUGGCGUUAUGUGGGAGUGAAACCAUAGGUGAUGUCGAGAUUUCUUGCAUAGCUGCUAAAUGCACGGCGUUGAGGAAGCUAUGUAUCAAGAGUUGCCCUGUCUCUGAUCAUGGAAUGGAAGCUUUAGCACUUGGGUGCCCUAAUUUGGUGAAGGUGAAGGUGAAGAAGUGCAAGGGAGUCACCUGUGACGGUGUAGGCUGGUUGAGAGCUAGCCGGGAAUCAUUAGCUGUGAAUUUGGAUGCUUUGGUGGUUGAAAAUCAAAACCAGAAUGCAACCGUUGAGGUGGUGGUGGAGGACCAACAACCACCACCAGCAGCUAGUGACAUUGGAGGAGGUGCUAAUGGUGGUUCUAGCAGUAACAGGAGGUCAACAUCAUUGAAGGCAAGGUUGGGGCUUACAUCUGGGAGAAAUUUAGUUUCUUGCACUUUGAGACGGUGGUCAAGCUUUAAUGGCGCUUCGGCUUCACAAAGUCAUUAG